CCAAUUUUAACCCCGGCAUUUUGCGGGGAGAGUUCGUCAACUUUUUUGAACAGCCAUUUGAAGCAUGACUUCAAGAACUUCCACUCGCACCAUUGUCACUGUGACUCUCGCGAUAUACCAGUUUUCGGAUUCGACCUCAUCGAGGCUCCACGCCUCAGCCACUCCUUCAUCACGAGCGAGAGUGUGCCACGCCGGGCGACUCUAGACCAUCCUCCAAUCCUUCUCACCACUGCCAAAUAUCAAGCGCAAUGCCAUCCCUAACGAGCUCCCUUCCCUUCUCGCCCGCCGAGCUAGCAUACCUUCACACCUCCCUAUCAUCUAUUCCACCAAUCCGUCCCGACGCCAGAGCCUCAGCAACUGACUUCCGGCCCCUCCACGCCGAGACAGGAGUUUUGCCCUCAGUCAAUGGCAGCGCACAUGUGGGCUUUAGCGACGGGCGCGAAGCGAUCGUCGGAGUAAAACUCGAAGUUGAGAGAACGGUACAGAAUACUACACGAUUCAUCUCCAAGCCUGACGGUGAUGAGGAUGGCGCAGGAGCAAUGGAUCUUGACAAUGCGACCACAAAGGCGGCGAGUAGUGGUAAAGGAAGGCAGGAAUGGAUCACACUGAGCCUCACACUCCCCGGUCUACGAGACGACGAUGCCAAUCUAGUCUUUCUCGAAGAAAUGCUGCGCGAACCACUCGUUGUGGGUGGCGGAUUACAAGACAGUCUCGUGAUCAACGCGAGGUGGCACUGGCAUAUAUACAUUGAUGUCCUGCUUAUUUCACCGAAUGGACUCGCGAGUUAUCCGUUGCCAUUGCUCAGUACGGCGAUGCACCUCGCUCUACGGGACACGAGGGUUCCGAGACUGAAGAGCGAGGGUGAAGAGGAUCCUGUGGCGGAUGAUGAUUGGAUGGCAAGCAGGUAUCUCUACUCACGCAGUGGUGGGAGUACAAAACCGCCUGUCACGCUGCUUGUCGUCGUUGUUGGGGAGAACGUCAUUUUCGAUCCGAGCCGCGAAGAGCUUGUUGUUGCGGAUGCCGUUGUUGCUGUGAGUGUGAGUCAGACUGAAAGGGAGGAAAUGAGGGUGCUUGCUGUACGAAUGAUUGAUACGCCGGCACGGGAUACGAUGAGGGGGGUGCCGCUGGCUGGGGAGGCGGGCGAGGGUGUGGAUGUUCCUGGGGUUUGGAAGCCUAGGCUUGGUGGGGUCAAGAGGAGUGUUUUGAAGGCUGUGGUGAAGGGUGUCAUUGCUGGCGGUGUCGCUGGGGAUGUUAUGAGUGGGUUGGACGGGUUUGUGAGUUUGGAGGGGAACGCGGCGGUGGGUUGAGUGGUAAGACGAAGAGAAGGGACAACAGGUUUGAAGCCCUGUCUGUUUGUGUCAUUGACGCAGUGGUUGUUGCUUGGAGGGAGAGGUCGGUGGCAUGGCGUUCGACGUGCUCACGUUUAGAGAAGCAGACUUUGAACCCAGUGAUGAGAAGACAACAACGCU